AUGGAGAAAAUGAGUGACGAUGGUAAAACCUCUUGUUCUGCCGGGUCCGGCGGGUCAGAUGGUGCAGCGAUAUCAGAACCCGAGAUUAUGGAAAGACGUUAUAUCGGAUAACCAGUGUCAACAACAGAUUGGAAGAAGCUAAAACAAGUCAGUUAUUCCAGAGAAGAGUUGUACUAGCAGAUAAUCAGAUAUGAACGCUAAAAAAAGUCACUUCUUUAAAUCUCGUGAUAUAUUCCUCUUGAUAUGGAAUGAAGAUGGGUAGUUCGUAGCUCUUCUUCCUAUCGCUAAUGUGAGAGCGGCGGCAGAACAGCCAAAGGGAAAAAGUUUAUGGCUGACGGUUCUGUUUUUAGGCUUGUACAUUGCAGUCGACGUCCUCAAAAAUCGGACCAAUGCGACCUGUGUCAAGGGAACGACGGUAUCAAACUACUUAUCUGUACUUUCGUCUAGUGUAUGUUCGUGUAGGCGGGGGAAAUUGGAGUAGCCUCUACUUUUGUCUACUAGAGUGUACAUUUUAAUAGGCGAGAGAAAUCGGAGUAGGCUCUACUUUUGUCUACUAGACGAGUGUACAUUUUUGUAGGCGGAAGAAAUUCAAGUGUACAUUUUUCUACUGGAAACACCUCUAGUACUUUUGUGAAAAAGUCGCAUUUUGAGCUUCGGGACAAUUAGUGUGAACAUAAAAAAUAAUCUCCAGGUCCUCCCGCAAAGUCUUCCAGUGGCGGUCGCAAUCGCUUCGCUUACACUCAGCACUGUUUUAGCCUCUAUCUUUGGAGGGAUGGACCAUGUGAGGCAGUGCUUCGAUUUGCGGUUAUGGUACUUGUCUAUUCAGUGUAUUUACUCAUAGACACUACCAAAAACAUAAGAAUUGCAUGGUUUCCACCUCUCCCCCGAAACAAAAAAUUCAGGCUGUUGAACCUGCCAUCGGCUCUUUUCUUUGCCUUCUCGCAGUCAAUGGCGGUAUUGCAGAUGGUGUUUCUCAGUUUAGGGCUAGUUUUUCACUAUCCCCUGUGGACUAUGCUGAGUGGAGUCUGUUCCUCUUGAUUAGUUCCAAACGGGAAACAAUUCAAAGGGGAAACUAAGGGGCAACUAACCCACUCAACGACCAGGGCUAGCGAAAGACUAGCGUUAAUUAGUGCAGGGAUGGCGAAAAUAACGCAACAAGUGCGUCUCCCCUUGAACGUCUUCCUCGCCUACUUCGUGUCCGGCAGACAUCACACUUUCCGGCAGAUCGUGGCUGUUAUCAUGCUCGCCUUAUCAGUAGCUUUGUUUCAGCUGAGCAACGGCGAAACAUCCUCCGCCAGCAGCACUGCCGGAGAUCAGCGUGUAGGCGUUGUGCUUUCUUAUGAUAUUCCAAAAAAAAUGGUGGGACAAUCCUUAUAAUGGAACCACUUGUAUUCCUACUAGUUUCCAUUUCGAUUUGUUUGUCUGAUUACAAUCAUGCUCGAUUAAUGCUGUCGGAGACGAUCACGACUCCCUAUAAUUGAUCGUUUGUUUUUCUCAACGACAAUAUGCAAAUCAACUACUUUAUUUCUCAUCAAUCUCAUACUCAUUGUUUAUUCAACUAAGAAGUGGUGCAGUCGGUAUAUCAUCAUCAUCAUCUCUCAUUGCACGUUGCUGGGGUCCCUGGGAAGCGUUCUGGGAUGCCUCAUGAGCGAGAAGAUUAUGAAGAAGGAUGUCGACAUGCCCUUCUACCUCCAGAAAUUUCAUCAAGAGGUCGGCGGUCUCCUCGUCAGUGUGUCAUUGCUGUUUCUACUCCCAUGUCUCGGCGACCUGAUAGAUGGGAUGGCCGAUGGGGGUGCGCCAAAAGGUCGACGAUCAGGCAACAGCAAUGCUCUCAAAAACUCCCUUUUCGCCUAUAAAGCGACAUUUGCAGUAAGGGAUGACACGGAAGGUAAAACUACUAUGAUUUAUAGUUGUACCAUACAAGUGGUUGUAGCUUCUGCUUAGCCAUGCCGAUGAUUCGGUCUGACCACUUGAAACGCAAUGAUGAUGAUAGUACCCCUCAAAUGGGCCAUACUUGUGCCAUUGUGUGGCGGUUGUAGCAUCUACUACUUGGAAUCGCUUAUGUGAUACUCCGAUUUUUUGUGGUACUAUACUGAAUUUCAUUUCUUGAGUCUUUUCGUCUCUGAGACUGAGUCUCAUUUUUUUUGCAAUCUUGAUGCCCAAAAUAUCAUCUCGAUCUUGAUUACUAGAUGCGUUAUUUCCCUCAUUAUAUUGUUUCACUCAUUACAUUGUUUUACUCAAUCACAGCCGCAGUCAACGCGCUGUUUGACUUCUCUUCGGCACACGAGGAGAUUAGUUUUGCCUCCUUGGCCGAAUUUGGAUCCGACCACCGGGACACGGUUGUCAGCCAACUAAAGGAAUCUGCACGAGACGAGGAGCUUCUCGAAUUUUCAGCAAGGAAAGGCCUCCCGGUCUACAAAAUUCUACAAAAGCUAUCCACAACAGCUGACCGGGUACGUCGGGGUGCGGCGCAUGCGCCGUUUGCGAAGAUUGUGCACUGUGCCGAGGGAGAAGAAUUGAAGGACUCGGUAGCCGUAUCCGGUACUGCGUUGCCGCUCGCGUGGCGCGGAGUGUACGAAGUAGUUGGUCAUGAAAAAAACAUUUUCUUAAGUGUGUGGGAACUUCAUCUUCAAAGUCAUCUGGAAGGAGAAAACAAGAAGAAAAAGAUAUUCAGACGAUUAUUCCUGAGAUGGCUUUCCUACACUUCUAAUUUUCGCAAACCCUGAAGAACCUACCAGUGCGCCUUCUCAAGGCAAGACCGCAGCAUUUGGCUCCUCCGGUUCACCAGCAGCAAUAGCAACAUCCGCAGCUACAUCCGCGUCGAAGUCAUCUACUGGUGAGGCAGGUGUACUCGUCGCUAGCACGACUUCUAGACAAUCAACACCUUCGAUGCAGGAACAAGGCGAAGUGCUGUCCUCGAGAUCCUCCGUAGUGGAGGUAACGGAGAAAGCGCUAAGCCUAGAGAGUCUGCUGCAAGCAAAAGGGUUCAUCCGCGACACUGGAACGGCAGCGGUUGAGCAAAUUCGGAAAUUUCUGAGUCAGGAAGGAACUACAGCGACUUCCUAUGGAGAUACGCUCUUUUGUAGAAGUCUUUCGAACUUCAGGCAAGCUUGCUUUUUCUUGGAGCAGAGACCUACCACGGAACUUGAAAAUACUGAACCUGCUACUAGUGGUGCUUUUAGUAGUCUUUGGCCGACGUCGUCCUCUCGUGGAGGUCCAACUAAUUCUCCCUUUUGGGUGUUGCGUAUCCUAGGUCCCUCGCCGUCUGCAGAUGGGACGGCUACACUAAACGCCGAGAGCUUCGCAGUGAGUGGCCCUAUCCUAGUAGCAAAAUCUAGUGGCGGGAACCUUGGCCGCAUCCGCAUCGAAGCUGGCCGUUUUGCACUCAGCAAAAGCCUCUCUGCUUUUCUUGAAACUUCUAGACAAACUGGAACAACUCUGGUUUUACAGAGUUCCAAGAGUGGUAAAUUUCCAACAUCAGCAUUAGCUCUAUCAAAAAUAGAGAAGAUGACUACUAGUUCAUCAUCUGGAGGGGCAGCAACUGGAGGUGCAGCAACUGGACCAACCCGAGCAGCCGCGUCAACAGGAUCUUACGGCGUAUCCUCGUUGCUAGGCAAUUUAGUUAGCGGAACCACCAAAACUCCAACGCCAACGCCAUCUUCAACCUCCAGAGUGACACGCGAGUGGUCGCUCUUGACUAGUAGCGAGAUCCAGACGUUGGCGGCAGCGCUGCAAAUGUCAAACGGUGAGGGCGUUGUCGAUGAAGCUGGCGGCGAUGGGCUACCACCGAAUAAAAGUGUAGUAUUGUCCGCUGGACCAGGGUCUUCAAGCUCCACAAGUUCUACUACCUCACAACAAGCAGCAUCCAAUUCAGCAUCCACACAGCCACAACAGGAUUCUGAUCCUUUCGCAGCCAUCGUGGUGAUGCAAGGUCGCGUGGCGCCUGGGUUGCCACUUGGCCGCAACCGUUUCGUCUGCGACGCAAGGAGGUGUCCGGAGCAAGAUUUUCGCGGAUAUAGGUACAUGUUUGACGAGGAUACGGCUGCAAGGUUUAGCCAAGGCGUCCUCACAGGAUAUGAAAGGGGUUUCUUUGCGGGAUGGGACGUGCCUGUCCUGUGGACACUCCUGUGGAUGCUUACGAGCUUCUGGCAAGCUGGGCUGUUGGUACUCUUUCGGAUAUAUAAGUAAUGAUAUCCUAUGUUUUGGGCUUCCAAACACAGUUACUUCGUUAUUUGCAUUGAAACUGUGGCCCCCUCGUGAAUAAAAUCAGCGUGCAAGAAAAGCUACGACUUGGGCUUCACCAAAAUAAGUACAAAAUUCCGCAUUAAAUGAGUUUGUCCCCUGAAAAAGAAUCUACCAGGUGAAAAAUCUUUCCUCGUUAUGGAAGAAUAUUGGUCAAUGCGUGUGCACAGUCGUUUUAUGCUUGUGGGAGGUCACUGCAGUGCGACCGCCUGAGACAGAAUAUACAGUACUGCAAUUGAUAAGUCUGACGAUAGGAGCCUUCGUGGUGGUAUCCUGGGUCAUUGUUUUCGGCUGGUUUCAAGCCGAUCAGCAAAGUAUUGAGGCAGCAAAAACGGAGCAAGCAAUUUAUGAAAGGAUGAUCAAUGCUCUCCUGUCUGGUACUCUAAAGAGUAACAGCUGUGUUCUCUAUCUACUCUUUGAGAUCUAGAAAACGUGAGUGAAAGGAAAACGUGAGUGAAAUGACUAGUAGAGCUAGGACUUCUAGAGACGCAAUGAUGAGGACGUCCAAAAUGACCUUAGAUUACGACUACUUUCGUGGCAUAAAGUUAUAAAAAGUUCAACAUCUUCCUGCAGUAGUUUUACCUAAUGAGCAUGCAAUAACAUAAAAAUUGAAGUUCUUGAAUUUCCAGCACAAAGAAACUGUAUUAUUUGGUGUCUCUCUCAUUCUCCGCGUGAUGCUGCUGAAAGGGAAGGGAAAUUCGAGGAGAGUAGUUCUUCCCUUGGGAGCUUCCAGAAUAAUCAGAUGGUUAAGGUCGACAUUUAGUGUCCAUCUUUCUCAACCAUGUCUCUCCAGAACAUCUCGAUACCCUUAUUUUGUUUCCCUUCUAUUCUUUUCAUGAAAAAGAAGGGGUCGAGAUGAGGGGAGUCCUGAUAUGAAAAAAAGCUGACCCGUCUAAGAUGCUGUCCGAAGAUUUCGCCACCACAUCCCCAGAAAGUGGCGGCAGCGGGCGAAAGCAGCCGUUACUUACCGAAGUGGAGAUGCAAGGAAAAGUUUGAGGAAGGAGUCGUUGAGGAAGUUUAAGUUUUAAAGUCAUCUCAUCUUAUCAUCAUGUUACAUAAUGAUACAAGAUAAGCCUAUUUUGCUUGUCACCUGAGAAUAGAAAAAAGUCUAAGGCAUUCGCGUUCUUGAUGCUUCUCCGUGAUCCAAAAUUCUAAGUCAUUCAUCUUUUUUGGAAGCUUAGUAUCCUAUCACUACUAUAGUUCUUUCAGUCUCUCUUAUGGCACUUUCCUGGGUCGUGCCUCCCAAACUUACUGAAUGAAUCGAUUGAUGAGAAUAUCCUAUUUUUUCCUAGUACAAUGACACACAUAGUACAAUGACACACAAGUCAGUUUCUAGAACUAUCCCGUCUCGCCAGUGGUAGAGAAUGGCCACCAAAGAUGCCAUGACGAUGACACCGAUUGGCGACAACAGUGGAUGCGUCAAAAGCGAAGCUAUUGAGCAACAUUAUUUAAAGAGCGCAAUUCAUGGUUGAGGGGUACUCCACUGUUUUGAAUGCUUACAACAUUAAAGGUGAGUCACAUGAAAUUAUAGAGCUGGUACGAAAUGAAAGAAGAUGGAGAGCACGCCCAUUCAAGUAGGCUGGCUCUCGUCUUAGAGAACAAAAGGCUAUCAUUUACAGUGAUCUAGCAUUCUGUCUCUUACCAUUAUAGCAAUUUUACCUCCUUUCUGACGAGGCUCACCUCGUCUUCUUGUCUUUUCCGCCAGUAGACCAACGGAAUGAAAUUUUGAUGGUCUACUGGAUUCGAUAGGGUCAAGAGUUGGAGACCUACUGCUUGGGGAUAGAUUUCAAGUGACUUUGUCUUCACACAUGAUGAGUGCCUAGUAUUUACGUCGACCAAGGAUGGUUAUCAAAAGUUCUACGGGAACUACACAGAAAGAAGUAUGGCAUCAAACCCACACGUGCUCGAUUUUCUUGUUAUCACCUAAAACUAAUGCGUUCCUCGUACUACACCAUGCCGAGGACCAGUACUCUGAAG